UUAAGACCAGUGGAACGCAGCUGGGCCUAAAGGGAUUACCCUCCUGGGCGCCGGGAGAAAGUCAUAGCCCAGCUCCGCUAAGGCCUGUCCUCAGAGUCCACGGCACCCUGCACCAUGCCAAUGACCCUGGGUUACUGGGACAUCCGCGGACUGGCUCACGCCAUCCGCCUGCUCCUGGAAUACACAGACUCCAGCUAUGAGGAGAAGAUAUACACGAUGGGGGACGCUCCUGACUAUGACAGAAGCCAGUGGCUGAAGGAAAAAUUCAAGCUGGGCCUGGAUUUUCCCAAUCUGCCGUACCUAAUUGAUGGGCCUCACAAGAUCACCCAGAGCAAUGCCAUCCUGCGCUACAUUGCCCGCAAGCACAAUCUUUGUGGAGAGACAGAAGAGGAGAAGAUUCGUGUGGACAUUUUAGAGAACCAGGCUAUGGACACCUCUAAUCAGUUGGCCACAGUGUGCUACAGCCCUGACUUUGAGAAACUGAAGCCCGACUACUUGGAGGGCCUCCCUGAAAAGAUGAAGCACUUCUCACAGUUUCUGGGAAAGCAGCCAUGGUUUGUGGGGGACAAGAUCACCUUUGUGGAUUUCCUCGCUUACGAUGUCCUUGACCUGCACUGUGUAUUUGAGCCCAAGUGCCUGGAUGCGUUCCCUAACCUGAAGGACUUCAUGGACCGUUUUGAGGGCCUGAAGAAGAUCUCUGCCUACAUGAAGCGUGGCCAAUUUGUCCAAGGCCCCUUGUUUGGAAAGAUGGCAAUGUGGGUCGGCAAAAGAUAGGGUUCUGUGAUACCAGGAGAUGGGCGAUGGAGCCAGCACUGUGCCUGCCGCCUGAGGCCCUGGAGAAUAGCCAGAUUCCCUUCACUGCCUGGCACCAGCCUUUUUGUUCCUUUAUGUUUCUUUCUUCUCUUUUCUCCUCCUCAAGGCCUUAUUGGCACCCUUUUUCUAAUCUGACCUUUCCUCAUGCAGGCUUCACCUCUACACUUUCCUUCCUCAAAGUCUCCCUUAUAACAUCACCUGUUCCUGUCCUAAUGCCAGCCUAACCAUCUUUCCCAUCAGUGCUUGUCUGUGCUUUCAGAAGCCCGAAUGGACCCCAAGUUUCUCAGCAUUGCCCUGAAAGGUCAGGACUCCCUGGUGUGCAGGCCCUGCCCCUUGGCUGGAUCUUGGUCUGAUGCCUAAUAAAGCCUAAACACA